UUGCCCCACUACAACAAUUCCAUAUAGAAAUAAAACCCAGCUGCAACUGAGAGCAGGUCUCAGUGAUCGAGUGAAAAUGCAGCCGUCUAUGGUAUUUUUGCUACUUGGUGGGGUCACCAUCGCCAGUUCGUGUGCCAUCCCAAAUGCUGAUCAAACAAAGAACUUCAACGGAAACCAACAGCAGACAAAGUUACCAGAGGUCUCUAUAGAUCAUCCGAAUCCGGAAUCGAAGUCCCAGUUGAAUGCAGAGCAAGAUAUCGAACUCUUUCGAAUGGUAACACAAAGUACCACGAAUCCUAGAGAAGAUCUUGGCUCUGUACCUUUGCCCACGCGUUUCACCAUUUCAAAUAAUGAAAAGAAGACUUCUAAUGAAAAUAAUGGUGAGAAAAGGAUACCAGAAGUCUCUACAGAGAUUACAAUACCGGAACCUAAGUCCCAGUUGAAUUCAGAGGAGGAUAUCAAACUCUUUCGAAUGGUACCACAGCGUACAACCAUUCCUAUGGAAGACCUUGUCUCUGAAAAGAUUGUGCCUUUGCCCACCCGUUCUCCAACGCCUCAAAGUUCUACCACUCUAAAUGGUGAACAAAAGAAGACUUCCAAGGGAAAAAAUGAGGAGAAAGAGAUACCAGAAGUCGCUACAGAGAUUACAAUACCGGAACCUAAGACCCAGUUGAAUGCAGAGGAAGACAUCGAACUCUUUCGAAUGGUACCACAGCGUACAACCAUUCCUAUAGAAGACCUUGCCUCUGAAAAGAUUGUGCCUUUGCCCACCCGUUCUCCAACGCCUCAAACUUCUACCACUCUAAAUGGUGAACAAAAGAAGACUUCUUCUGAGGAGAAAAAGAUACCAGAAGUCGCUACAUCGGAACCUAAGACACAGUUGAAUGCAGAGGAAGAUAUCGAACUCUUUCGAAGCACCACGAUUCCUAAAGUAGAAAAGAUUGUACCUUUACCCACUCGUUCACCCACUCCUGGGACUACGAUGAUCACCUCCACCAUCGCAAACACUUCUCACGGAGAGAAUCAAGGGACACAGACCACAGAAGUUAUGCCAAUAUAUAUUAUGCCUUUACCAAUGCCUGGCAAUGUUUCGGUCGAGUGUGAGGUCCAGCCAUAUAGUUUUGGACCUCGUUUGAGUGCACAACUUUUGAAAAUACUCACAAGAUUGGGCUAAGAAAUAAAAUGUAAUUUAUAUUUAAAAAGAAUAAAGCAUCAAAAACACCAACGUAAUAUCCCAAAAAU